UUACUUCUUAACAACUUUUUCUCUUAAUUAGGAUUUUAAAUGUAUUUAUUGUGUUUGUUUUGGACAACAGCACAGAAGGAACUAUUAGGAUCAACUCUGCCUGAUAGAUUUGAGAACACUUAUCCAUCUCUGUAAAUACUCUGACAAUAAAGAAUUUCAGCUGCUCUGUUAUUGACGAUCCUCCACCCUUCACACACACACAGACCUUUCUGGUUGUUGCCAUGUUGAACUUUAGUUUCACUUUGAACAAACACGAUGUCGCAGAUGAUUUUCUCCCCUGAAGAUCUUAUCAAGAGUUUCAUCAGUUUGGAUUCCAGGUAUUAAUUACAGACCUGUGAGUAAAGAGACUGACUCACCUCACAUCAGCCUCUUUCUGGUGAUUUCUGUAGUUGUGAAUCACGUUACUGCAGCUUCAUGACGCCAUCUAGUGGACUGAUGGUAGAAGUACAGCAGCUGAUGGCAGCUUCCUCUGCCUCACACUGAUAUGAAACAGAGAAGAAGAGCCAAUCAGUGGAGGAGCAGCUGGAGAAAUGAUGUACAUUUGAGUUGAUGUGCAGAUGAAUGAUGUGUGUUUCUCUCCACAUGAAGGUAGAAAGUGUGUGUGAGCUGAUGUGGAUGUGAACUCAGCAGCAUGGAUCAGUGUGAGGACAGAGAGGAGGGAGCCCCUCCCUCUAACAUGUCAAAGGAUGUUAUCAUUGAGUUUAAAGGGCGACGUCCAUCAGCUGAUCAGAUAGUGGACCAGGAGAGCUCAGAGGUUCCCAGUGCUCAGUCUGCCCAGCAGCAUCAAACACAGCUGGACUCCAUAUUUAUGCUGCUGGAGGAGAACAUGGUCACUUUUGUCAAGAAUGAGCUGAAGAAGAUGCACAAGCUUCUGAGUCCAGAUUACCCAGAAUGCUCAGGGAGUCAGAGGGAGGAUGAGGAGGUGUUGGACGCUGAGGAUGAAGAGCAGAGGAGGAGCAGAGAGGCAUUUGUGAAGAUCACAGUGAACUUCCUGAGGAGAAUGAAGCAGGAGCAGCUGGCUGACUGUCUGCAGAGCAAAUCUCCUGCUAUGUGCCAACCUAGACUCAAAUCUAACUUGAAGAAGAAGUUCCAGUUUGUGUUUGAGGGGAUCGCUAAAGCAGGAAACCCAACCCUUCUGAAGCAGAUCUACACAGAGCUCUACAUCACAGAGGGAGGGACUGGAGAGGUCAAUGACGAACAUGAGGUCAGACAGAUUGAAACAGCAUCCAGGAAACCAGUCAGACCAGAAACAACCAUCACACAAGAAGACAUCUUUAAAGCCUCACCUGGAAGAGACGGACCAAUCAGAACAGUGAUGACGAGGGGAGUGGCUGGCAUUGGGAAAACAGUCUUAACACAGAAGUUCACUCUGGACUGGGCUGAAGACAAAGCCAACCAGGACAUACAGUUCACAUUUCCAUUUACCUUCAGACAGCUGAAUGUGCUGAAAGAGAGAAAGUUCAGCUUGGUGGAACUUGUUCAUCACUUCUUUACUGAAACCAAAGAAGCAGGAAUCUGCAGGUUUGAUCAGUUCCAGGUCGUGUUCAUCUUUGACGGUCUGGAUGAGUGUCGACUUCCUCUGGACUUCCACAACACUGAGAUCCUGACUGAUGUUACAGAGUCCACCUCAGUGGACGUGCUGCUGACAAACCUCAUCAGGGGGAAACUGCUUCCCUCUGCUCGCCUCUGGAUAACCACACGACCUGCAGCAGCCAAUCAGAUCCCUCCUGAGUGUGUUGACGUGGUGACAGAGGUCAGAGGGUUCACUGACCCACAGAAGGAGGAGUACUUCAGGAAGAGGUUCAGAGAUGAGGAGCAGGCCAGCAGGAUCAUCUCCCACAUCAAGACAUCACGAAGCCUCCACAUCAUGUGCCACAUCCCAGUCUUCUGCUGGAUCACUGCUACAGUUCUGGAGGAGGUGUUGAAAACCAGAGAGGGAGGAGAGCUGCCCAAGACCCUGACUGAGAUGUACAUCCACUUCCUGGUGGUUCAGUCCAAACUGAAGAAGGUCAAGUAUGAUGGAGGAUCUGAGACAGAUCCACACUGGAGUCCAGAGAGCAGGAAGAUGAUUGAGUCUCUGGGAAAACUGGCUUUUGAGCAGCUGCAGAAAGGAAACCUGAUCUUCUAUGAAUCAGACCUGACAGAGUGUGGCAUCGAUAUCAGAGCAGCCUCAGUGUACUCAGGAGUGUUCACACAGAUCUUUAAAGAGGAGAGAGGCCUGUACCAGGACAAGGUGUUCUGCUUCGUCCAUCUGAGUGUUCAGGAGUUUCUGGCUGCUCUUCAUGUCCAUCUGACCUUCAUCAAGUCUGGACUCAAUCUGAUGUCAGAAGAACAAUCAACCUCCAAGAAGUCUGAACCAAGACGAGACGAAUCUGCAGAGACAAACUUCUACCAGAGAGCUGUGGACGAGGCCUUACAGAGUCCAGAUGGACACCUGGACUUGUUCCUCCGCUUCCUCCUGGGUCUUUCACUGCAGACCAAUCAGACUCUCCUACGAGGUCUGAUGACACAGACAGGAAGUGACUCACAGACCAAUCAGGAAACAGUCCAGUACAUCAAGAAGAAGAUUGAAGAGACUCCCUCUGCAGAGAAAAGCAUCAACCUGUUCCACUGUCUGAAUGAACUGAAUGAUCGUUCUCUAGUGGAGCAGAUCCAACAGUCCCUGAGAUCAGGACGUCUCUCCACAGAUAAACUGUCUCCUGCUCAAUGGUCAGCUCUGGUCUUCAUCUUACUGUCCUCAGAAGAAGAUCUGGACGUGUUUGACCUGAAGAAAUACUCUGCUUCAGAGGAGGCUCUUCUGAAGCUGCUGCCAGUGGUCAAAGUCUCUAACAAAGCUGUACUGAGUGGCUGUAACCUCUCAGAGAGAAGCUGUGGAGCUCUGUCCUCAGUCCUCAGCUCCCAGUCCUCUAGUCUGAGACACCUGGACCUGAGUAACAACGACCUGCAGGACUCAGGAGUGAAGCUGUUGUCUGCUGGACUGGAGAGUCCACUCUGUACACUGGAGACUCUCAGUCUGUCAGGAUGUCUGGUCACAGAGGAAGGCUGUGCUUCUCUGGCCUCAGCUCUGAGCUCCAACCCCUCCCACCUGAGAGAGCUGGACCUGAGCUACAAUCAUCCAGGAGACUCAGGACUGAAGCUUCUGUCUGCUGGACUGGAGGAUCCAGACUGGAGACUGGAGACUCUCAGGGCGGAGCCUGGUGGAGUCCGAUGGUUGACACCAGGUCUGAGGAAGUAUUCCUGUGAACUCACAAUCGACACAAACACAGUGAACAGACAGAUCAAACUGUCUGACAACAACAGGAAGGUGAAACAUGUGGAGGAGGAACAGUCAUAUCCUGAUCAUCCAGACAGAUUUGACCUCUGGCCUCAGCUGCUGUGUUCAACUGGUCUGACUGGUCGCUGUUACUGGGAGGUCGAGUGGAGCGGAAGGGUUGAUGUAUCAGUGAGUUACAGAGGAAUCAGCAGGAAAGGAGACAGUGAAGACUGCAGGCUUGGAGGGAACGAUCAGUCCUGGAGUCUGAAAUGUUCUGCUGAUGGUUACUCUGUCAGUCACAAUAAGACAGUGACAUCCUCCUCCUCCUCCUCCUCCUCCUCCUCCUCCGACAGAGUAGCAGUGUAUGUGGAUUGUCCUGCUGGCUCUCUGUCCUUCUACAGAGUCUCCUCUAACAAACUGAUCCACCUCCACACCUUCAACACCACCUUCACUGAACCUCUGUAUCCUGGGUUUAGGUUUAGGUCCUGGUUCUGGACUCACUCGUCAGUGUCUCUGUGUUCAGUUUAGCAGAGAGAGUCUCCCCUGUUAAAAAAAAAGGGGACUGUGAAAGUUAACGCGUUAAUGCUCGUGAUUAAUCUGGAAAGCUGAACAUGUUAUAGUUAUGUUAACACAAAUUAAUCAUAUCGGCAAGAUUGACCGCAACUUCCUCCCAUAGUCCUCCAGUGCGGAAUAAGGAGACAGACCCCGGUGUGCUUAAUGGCAAAUUUUGAUUUAAAAAGCUUUGGAAUAGAAGUUUAGAUAAAACUAAAGUUCUGUGUAUAUACUGCAGUGAUUAACUGUCUUUCCAGCAAAGCACAACAAGUCUGAAGCACCGUAUUCGGGCAAAGCACAUCUAUUGCUAUUGUUAGAAGUAAAUAGUAGUAUUUUAGUAGUAUUUUAAACGAAUGAUUAAUCAUGAUUAAUCACAGCCUAUUUAUGUGAUUAACUUGGUUCAUUUUUUUAAUGAAUUGACAGCACUAAAAAAAAGUAUUAUUUUUUUAUCUCAAAUAUAUUCACAUUUUGAAAUGUAUAUUGCAUAUAUACUGACAAAGAAGUGUACCAACUGAAAGUAUAUAAAAAGUAUACUGCUUUUACCAAUUUUCACAAUAUACCUUUAACACAUUUGGUAAUAAUUGCAAUAUAAUACACUUCCUUUUGCAGUAAUAGCAUUGUAAAGCAAUCUGACUGAAACAUCAUUGUGCCACAAACAAUUACACCUAAUAAAGAGAUUGUGAAAGGUUCUUUAUACAUGAAUUUCUUUGUUUCAUGGGCCUGGAGCAGUUUCACCAGCAUCCACAAAUCUGUUAAGAUGUCCACACACUUUUGUCAAUGUAGUUGCUAUGUACUUAUUUUAAUAACUAACUAAAAUAAGACGAGAUGAGAAUAAACCUUUGUAUUUCC